AUGUCAGUAAACGAAGGUCUAAAGCGUUUACGCGCAAUCCGACGCGGCCACCGGGCUGCAGCGACCAAGUCUAUAAACGAAAUUAAUAGUAUACUAAGUACGACUUUAUCAAGCGAAUCAACAACGAAACUUAAUGCUUUGAAACUAAAACUCGAAUGGAAACAGAGAACACUAAACGAACUCGACGCAAAGAUCUUAAACGAAGUAAAAAUCGAAGAUAUUGAGAAGGAAAUCGAUGAAAGCGAGGUCAUUGUGAUGAACAUUACCGAAGCGAAGGAGAAAAUCGAGUGCGCUAUCAGAGCGAACACUAAUACGAGCACACAGGUAAAUGUCGAAGCUGGCAACUCGAGUGGGAUCAGUGGACCAGUGAACAUAACAUCAACAAGAUUACCAAAACUACAACUAACUCAUUUCAAGGGCGAAGUGACAAAGUGGAGUUCUUUCUGGGACAGUUAUCACUCUGCUGUACAUUCGAAUCAAGCGCUAUCCAAAAUAGAUAAGAACAAUUACUUAAAAUCUUUAUUAGAAGGGCCAGCGGCCCGAGCGAUUGAGGGUCUUGCACUUGCCGAAGCGAACUACGAUUCCGCAACUGAAUUAUUGCAGGCGAAGUUUGGAAAGCCGCAGAAAGUCAUUAGCGCACACAUGGAUGAACUUCUGCGCCUUCCGAGUUGUAGUGGCGACAAGUCGUCGUCGCUUCGGUAUGUGUACGACAAAAUAAGCGUACACGUUCGCGGCUUAAACGCGUUAGGAGUAUCCUAG